GCCUCAAACUGAAUAACUGAUGCAUCAGUCUCAGUCUUCGAUCCAUCAUUUUCUAUAUAAAUGCUAGUGAAAUUUAAAUCAAGUUAAUUAGGUUGAAAUUAUGGCAGCGAAGCAUCAUCCAGACUUGAUAAUGUGCCGAAAGCAAACGGGAAUAGCGAUUGGAAGAUUGUGCGAAAAGUGUGAUGGUAAGUGUGUGCUGUGCGAUUCUAUGGUACGUCCUUGUACUCUAGUUCGGAUCUGCGAUCAGUGCAACUAUGGAUCGUUCCAAGGGCGGUGUGUCGUGUGUGGAGGGGUUGGAAUUUCUGAUGCUUAUUACUGUAAAGAGUGUAGUCAGCUGGAGAAGGAUAGAGAUGGGUGUCCUAAAAUUGUGAAUUUGGGAACUGCAAGAACGGAUCUAUUUUAUGAACGCAAAAAAUAUGGUUUCAAAAAAAGAACAUGAUGUGAACAGGAAGCUAGAGCUCGACAAAUAUUAUUUAUAAAAAGUGAAAUUAAGUUACUGAUACAA